CAACGACCUAGUUGGGUACUUGGAGUCCAUUAAUAACAACAUUAAAUCACAAGUGUUCUUCGAACAACCCGGCCCAGUAGUCCAUUUUAUUCUCAGAGAAGAAUCCCCAUUUCUGAAAAAUCAAAACAAAGCACAGGAUCGCUCGUCAAAGCGUUGUCCACGAUUGCCGCCAUCGAAAAAUCUAGAAUUAGGGUUUUCCUUUUCCUGAUACUUUAUUCAGAAUGGCUGGAGGUGGAAAUUUCAUCCAUAGAGUACUUUCUUAUGUCGCUAACGAGCUAAUCGUGAACGGUCUUGCCAACAGUCAGGGAUUUCAGAGGUUUGCAGUGAGGACGUCUAAGAAGAUAGAGCAAUUUUCUGAUAUUGCUGCUCAGAAGAAGAAAGAAUUAGCCGAUCAAAUGAAGAAUGCAUCUAAGAACAUUGAGUCAUUCAAGAACCAGUGAUGGUCGUUGCGGUUAUGCCAACAUGAGAAUGGAGUUGUACACUGUCUUUGCUUUUGCCUUAAAUGGAACGCUGCUGUGCUGAAUCUGCUUGAAAAAUGAAGGUUUAGGUUGAGAAUUUGUAUUCAUUCAAGAACAAUCAUGUGGGAGCCCAAUAUUGUGACAAACUAAUAAUGUUUGUGCUCCGAAGGAUUCGUAGCCUAUUUGUUUGGUGAUACGCAUUAUGUAAUUGUUAUCUAUAUUUCAAAUAAGAGAUUUGUAACAUUGAAGUGCUAUUUUCCGCUGUUUUUAUUGCAAUACAUUAGUUGCUGUAAUAACCUGACUGAUUAUAAUUAGUCCACUACUCAGGUCACAGUUGCUGAUGCGAUAACGAUCUAUUUCA